GUGAAAAUUGAUUUUUAAUUUUAUGUUCUUAACAUCAUUAUUUUAAAUUAUUAUUAGCAAAUAUGAAUGAAUUUAAUCGUUCUAAAGUUAGUGGUGUCCGUUGGUUAAAGAAGCCCGUGGAAAAUAUACGAAUAAAAGUGAAACUUAAGCCACAAGACGGAAUAUUAUCCCUGCCAAAAUUCGACGAAUAUGCAAAUGAAUCAAAUGGUCUUACAAAACUGGAAAAUAAGACAGAAGAAUACAUUUUUAAAUGGCAAGAAAAAGUAUUUAGUGCUUGGGAACUUCAACGCUAUACAGAUGUUCAUAACUGUAUAUCUGAAACGGAGUUAAACUACAAUGAGAUGUUAAAUAAUUUAGAUUACGAAUCCUCUAAAAUAUUCACAUACAUCCACUAUGACUGCCACUUGCCUUUGCCUUCGGAGUUAAAAAAUAAUAAUUUAAAAGAGUUGAAUGUUCUCAGUUUGAAUUCUUGCUUAGCUAGGUUGAAUUUAGAUAAUAGGUUUGGCAGGAUGUUGGAAGAUACAAGUUCAAUGGGGCAUUUGUUUAAGAGCACAGAGAAUGUUGUGGCAGAAGAGGAGCCCUGGACUGCGAUGCAUGUUGUAUUCGAUCAUUCGGACUACAAUGAAGACUCACAACUACUUCUCAAACAGGAUGCAAUCAUUCUGUCCCUAUACUACAACACCAUACAUAACUACCUGAUUAUAACUCCGGAUGUGAACAACUUGGAUUUGAACCCGUAUACCGUAGAAUCUGAGACUGGAGUCCAGUGGGGAUUCCAAUACUCAGUUGAAGUCGAUUUUGAGGAGACAGAGAGUGGAGAAGAAUUGGUUACAUUGCUUCGUAAACUACACCAGAAAUGGGAGCGUCAACAGAAACAAGUGGUGAACUUCGAAAUGCCGCCAUUGGGGAAGAAACUUUAUUACGUCACGUUAGAGUUGGUCACCGCUACGGACUUUGAUGUGGACGAUUUGUAUAUUGAGUUUACAAUACAGGUCCCUGAUGACAUUCAAUGCAACGAUGCGCUUCACGGCCGGAGUCAUUUAGCUAAACCCAUAAGAACAGAAGACAUCGAGGAGUGGCAUUUUAGCCACAUUAUUGAGCUUACUUUGGAGAUGACCACAGACUCAGAAUCUGCCCCUAUACAAGUGUUCUUCGAAGCGAUAUCGACGGACUGGUGGGGUCGGCAUCGGACGGAGGGGUAUAGCUAUCUCCCUUUGUCGUUAAAUCCUGGCCGUUUCUCCAAGCAACUGUCCUGCUCUAGGCCUGAAGAGUUGGAUUCCGUGGAGGCGGAAAACCGCAGGUUCUUUGUUGGAGGAUGCCAUCUGAUCAAGGAUUUGGAGAUUUUCGCAAAGCCGCAAUUACAUGACGCGAAUUUCAAGUUCGUAACAACAGGAUCUAUCAACGUCCGUUGGAACACGAUCUCGCAGACGUGUGUCAGUCAGGGGCGUGUAGUGGACGGGCGUGAGGCACGGUCGUGUGCAUCAGCGCUGUUACUAGGGGCUGAAGCGGUGCUGCGCCAGUACAGGAGGGCGCGCGCUCGCCUCGCUGCUGCCACGCACUCACUCACUGCUGAUCAUGAAGACUGAUGGUGGCAAGAGGGGUUAACAAGGCUACAUCAAAGCAAUAGCAUAGCAUAUAGUUUCUUUCUUUCUUUCUUUCUUUCUUUCUUUCAAUAUUGUAAUUUCAUAUUUGCGCACAUAAAAGUAAGUAAGUGCGCAAUGGUGCAGCUACCAACCUAUACUCACACACGCAUACACACAUGCACACCAGGUCUUAUUGGCGUCAACCAAAGAGAGCUUGGGGUCUAGAAACAAAUUUGGACAUUUCAUAAAAACAUCUGUUAUUUGACAUUAAUUUGUUUGACAUAAUGCAAUUCUUCAUUUUAGCUGUUUUCUACGAAUAAAGUUGUAAAAUGCACAUACUUAAUAAGAAUUGUCUUAUAUACAACAAAUAUCGGGUAGCAUUAGGCUUUUUGCACAAAAUACUCAAUGUUCUCAUUUUAGACCUCUGAUCCAUAAUUAAAACACAAUAACGGAUUCUUACCGCGUUUGAAGUAGGGGUAUGAGACUCGCGAAAUUUCGACACUGUUGCAAGUGUCAUGAUCACCGGAUGACAACAACAACAGAAACAGUGUCGAAAUAUCGAGAGUCUCAUAUCCCUACUUUAAACGCGGUAAGAAUCCGUUAUUAUGUGUUUUAAUUAUGAUAAUAACCGCGUAAACUUAAAACCUCUGAUCCAUGUUUGAACCUUAGAUAGUUUCUUAAUUUGACAACGUAACAAAGACUGUUAUGUAUUAUAAGUACUAAUUAGUUAAACUAUACCAAAUGAGGGACUUUCCAGGCUACAUUUCCCAAAUAAAAAACAAUGUCCAUUAAAAUAUAUAAUAAGCUCCCAAAGUGCUUAAGAGAUGAAACUAAAACUAAUUUAUUUAUAAAAAAAUCUAAAAACAAUGCUAAUUAAAAAGAGCUAUUAUACUGUAGACGAAUUUUUAAAUGAUAAGUUUUAAUUUAAUACACACUUCCUCUCUUCCCUUCAACGUUGCUGUGCCCUACAGGGUCCAUGUUUUAGUUCCUACGCCUAUGUAACACCCAUUGUACUACAUGGAAUGCAAUAAAUAAUUGAGAAUUGAAUAAACUAUAGAUGGCGCUGUUCAUAGCAGACGUAAUGCAUCUUUUAUCCUUGUUUUUGGGUAUAAAUGAUGACCCUUGUUAUUACACCCAGGCACAACACAUCUUCCACCAAUUAUUAUUCUGAUCAAAAUAAAGAGAAGCAAUAUAGGUAGGCACAUAAUUCUAUUCAUAUCUGAUCCAAAAAUCAAACAACAAUUAUUUUUAUAUAAUUCCCCUGCCAUUCCAUUAUAUUUUGGAAUUACCCGAGCAAUGAGAAAAUAGGUAAUUAUCACGUUACAAAUUUGUAAGACUGUACAAUGCCAUCUAUAUUUUCUUUGGAGAACGUAGCCUGGACCGUCCCUUAUUAAGCAGUGUAGGUA